AGCGCUGGGUUAAAGAGUGACACUCGCUCCGUCAGUGAGUGGGAGCCGCCGAGCCCGGGCUGCCGAGGGGGCGGAGAAGAAGAGAAGGCGGAGCAAGGCAGGACAGCCCCUAUUGCUGCUGCUGCUGCUGCUGUCGUCGUCGCCCUCCUCCUCCUCCUCUUUGGCCGCUGCUGUCGCGGCUUGUUCCUGGUGGGGGUCGGACGGUGUCUUCGGCCGGGCUGCCCGCGCUCUCCGCCGGGUGAGGAGGGCUGCCGCCGUGGACUGCACUCAGCCAUUUUCUUCAACUGUGGUACACAAAACGCUUUGAGCUGGAAUCCCUCAAAUAACCUUCAAUUAUGAAGGCAGCAGAUGAGCCUGCCUACCUAACAGUGGGGACUGAUGUCAGUGCCAAAUAUCGGGGUGCUUUCUGUGAGGCAAAAAUUAAGACAGUGAAAAGGCUAGUGAAAGUUAAGGUGAUCUUAAAGCAAGAUAAUUCAACACAAUUAGUGCAAGAUGAUCAGGUGAAAGGACCUUUGAGGGCUGGUGCAGUUGUUGAAACCAAGAUGCCUGAUGGAACCUUUCAAGAAGCUAUCAUCAGUAAAUUGACAGAUGCCAGCUGGUAUACCGUAGUUUUUGAUGACGGUGACGAGAGGACAUUGAGACGGACCUCGCUGUGUUUGAAGGGGGAGAGGCACUUUGCUGAAAGUGAGACACUUGACCAACUGCCACUAACAAACCCAGAGCACUUUGGAACACCUGUAAUUGGAAAGAAAUCUAACAGAGGAAGAAGGUCGUCUCUUCCUGUCAAUGAAGAUGAAAAAGAGGAAGAAAGUAGUGAAGAGGAAGAGGAAGAUAAGAGACGUCUUAAUGAUGAAUUGCUUGGUAAAAUUGUCAGUGUGGUAUCCAAUACUGAAAAGGCAGAAUGGUAUCCAGCUUUGGUCUUAUCCCCCAGCUGCAGCGAUGACAUUUUAGUGAAAAAGGACCAGUGUUUAGUUCGUUCUUUUGCAGAUUCCAAAUUUUAUUCAGUAGCAAGAAAGGAUAUCGAGGAAUUAGACUUUACAAACCCAGAGUUGCCUUCUAAUAAAGGGGUACACGAGGCAAGCUCAUUCUUCCAUUGGAAAACUAUUCCUUCUAAUUGGAGGGUGGACAUGCGUGAAAUCUUGGAAUCCUCCAGCAGUGAUGAAGAAGAUGCAGGAGAGACGGGAAGUAAUGAUGAUGAAGAAGAAAAGGGAGAACAAAAAGAGGAAGAUGUAGUGCCUGAGGAAGAGCUUGAUCCUGAAGAGAGGGACAAUUUCCUCCAGCAGCUUUACAAGUUUAUGGAAGACAGAGGAACUUCUAUCAAUAAACCACCUGUUCUGGGCUAUAAGGAUCUUAACCUCUUCAAACUUUUCAGACUGGUAUAUCAGCAGGGUGGGUGUGACAAUAUUGAUAGUGGAGCUGUAUGGAAACAAAUUUAUAUGGACCUAGGCAUUCCUAUUUUGAAUUCAGCUGCUUCCUACAAUGUGAAAACUGCUUAUAGAAAGUAUCUUUAUGGUUUUGAAGAAUACUGCCGUUCUGCAAAUAUUCAGUUCCGAACUAUCCACCACAAUGAACCAAAAAUAAUUGUAGUACAGAAAAAAGAAGAGCAAAUGGAGGAAAGGGUGAAAGAAGAGCCUGUGAUGCCUCCUGUAGAGGUUCAGAAUGAGCUGGAAGAAAACAACUGUACCAGUGAAAGCGAAAAAGAAGAACUUGAGCAGAGGUCUCAACGGGGACGAAGAAGACAUAUCCUUGAUGCGUCUCUUAUUAAAAAAGAAGGUGAAGAGGAUAAAAUACAAGAUAAGCUAAAAGACAGCAAUAAGGAGAACAAAGACAUAGAGGAGAUUUCCAGUAAUGCAGAGAAGAUUGAAAAUGAUAUGGCACUUGGAAAUAGAAAGACUACUCCAAAGCAGAAGGAAAAGAGAGCAAAACAGGAAGAGGAAUCUGACAGGGAGUCCGAUGAAGAGGAAGAGAGAAGCAGGGAAGAACUUGAAAAUCGAGACUCGGAAGGGGAGGAAUGUGAAGAAGAUGCCGAACCUUGUCUUACAGGAACCAAAGUAAAAGUAAAAUAUGGCCGUGGAAAAACUCAGAAAAUCUAUGAAGCCAGUAUUAAAAGUACAGAAAAUGAUGACGGAGAGAUUUUGUAUUUAGUGCAUUAUUACGGCUGGAAUGUUAGAUACGAUGAAUGGGUAAAAGCUGAUAGGAUUAUUUGGCCUGCAGAAAAAGGAGGACCAAAGAAGAAGCAAAAGAAAAAAGCAAAAAGUAAAGAAGACUGUGAAAAAGAUGAAAAGAAAGAGGAGGAGAAACAAAAGGGAAAGCGUGGACGUCCUCCUUUGAAAUCAACUCUUCUAUCAAAUCUCUCUUGUGGUCUGUCUAAAACUCCUAACAGUGACAGCAAAUCAGGAGUGCGAAGUGCACGCAGCAGCCUGCUGGAUUGCUCAGCCUUGCUUAAUGGGACAGAAGGUAUGCCUCGCAGGCAAACAAGACGUAGCUCAGGAAUGUUGGAUUCUGACAGAGGGUCAAAUGACUCAGUUUCAUCAGAUAGUGAAGCAGAUGAAGCUUCUGAAAAGAACAUUAAUGAAGAAUUUUCUCCAGUUAGUUCUGAAAUGGAAAAUGAAAAACAAACAGUUGAUAAGCCUGUUGAAGAGAUUGCAAAGAUCUCGUAUAUGCUGAAUGAAAAUGAUCAGAAUCAAGUUCAUCCUUUAGAAAAAUUGAAAUUAGAAGGUGAAGAGAGUGAACAAGUGGUUCAGAACUGUGGUAGUAAAAGUGAUCAAGUAGAAGAAGUGAAGAGAGAGGUGGAGAAAUCGCCUAAAGGAAAAGGCCGGAAGAACCGAACAAGAGAUUCUUUCCUAGAGAAUUCAAAGAUUACAUUACUAAAUCAAGAAGAAAUAAGCAGUGAACCUGUUGCAGCAUCUGAACGAUUAAAUACUUCUUCCUUGGAAAAUAAAGGUUUGAGCUCUACUUCUGAGAAUGAAACAGAUCUCUGGGCAAAAGAUAAGAAGUUUAUGAAAAGAAAAGUGAUAGAACAGCCAUCGCCUGACAAAAGGGUACGACAAGAGGGUGAGCCGACUGUGCUAAAUAUUGUGACCGAAGAGAAGGCAAAUGAAUGUUAUGGGGCAGAAGAUUGUAAAGAUUUCAUUGGUGAUAACUCUCUUCAAAAUGAGAAUGAAGAAAUGCCAUCAUUGGUUGCAGAAUCAGAUCAACGGCUCCAUGUUAGGGGAAGUGAGCAUUUUGAUUGUUCUUCAGAGGAAAACCGUAGCACACCGUUGAAAGAGGAAGACGACUCCAUGCCUCAAAUUGGUCCUGAAACUCUCCUUUGCCAUGAAGUGGACUUGGAUGAUCUUGAUGAAAAAGAUAAGAAUGGGUCUGAAAGUUUGGUUGUUGAAAAACAAGAUAGUAACCUCACUUCAAAUCCGCCUAUGUUACCUUCUGUGAUCCAGCCAAAUUUCUCUGUUGCCUCACCUCUAACAUUCAGUCAGGAUGAAUCACCAAGCAUAAAAAGUGAAAGUGACAUGACCAUUGAAGUGGACAGUAUAGCUGAAGAGUCUCAAGAAGGCCUUUGCGAGAAUGAAUCUGCCAAUGGGUUUGAAGCUUCCAGCAACUGUAGUGUAACUGGCCCAGAAAUUGGAGAAAAGGGACAAAAAAGGCCUGGGGAUAACAGUAGUAGUUCAUUGGCAAAGCGGCAGAAGCGUACCCCCAAACGAGCAAGUACGAUAGCCAAAAGUGAGAAAAAUGGGACAGGGCAAAGCAGUGAUAGUGAAGACCUUCCUGCCCUUGACAGCUCAAGUAAAUGUACUCCUGUAAAGCAUAUUGGUGUAACUAAGCCACAGAAGCUCAAUCGAUCGCCUGCCAGAGUGGUAUCUCCUAAUAUCAAAGAUGGGGAUAAGGAGAAGCAGAGAGAGAAGAACCAUCAUGUUUCCCCAAGAGUGUAUAAAUGGACUGUCCAGCUUAAUGAAUUGGACAAUAUGAGCAGCACAGAGAGAAUCUCAUUUCUACAAGACAAACUACAGGAAAUCAGGAAAUAUUACAUGUCUCUGAAGUCAGAAGUAGCGACGAUUGAUAGGAGAAGAAAGCGAUUGAAAAAGAAGGACCGAGAAGUGUCUCAUACUGGAGCUUCCAUGUCCUCUGGCUCAUCAGACACUGGAAUGAGCCCAUCCUCACCCUCUCCUCCACAGAGUGUGCUUGCUGUUGAAUGCAGGUGAUACUGGUCAUUAUCUCUGCUUCAUGCAGCAAAUUGCUGCCAUGGGUAGAAAUCCGAAAAUCUCAUAGAGAGCACCCAGUUGGUUUGACAUUGCCAAGUAUAUUGUGUAUACUUUUCCACUGCUGGACUUGUCUGUCUCUGCUCCUUUGUGCCCCUUCCUCUAUUUUGUCCAUAUAGCUUUCUUUUUAAACAACACAUUUUAUUGUGGAGAAUAAUCUAAUUGGCAACUAAAGAUUUAUGGGUGCACUUAAGACACCUCUGUCUUAUGCUUUGUUUUUUUUACUUUGCUUUAAACAGAAAAAGGGCACUUAAUCUGAUUUGAAAACACAGGUAUUUAAUGAAGCCUUGGGCAUUGUAAAGAAACAGCUUUCUUUAAGUAAAAGAGUAAGUGCACCAAAAAUGGCAUCAAAAUAAGUUAAUCAGAAAAUUAUUACUACUGCACUUUUUUCACCAAGCUAUAUCUUAAUUAGCGAGAAUCCCACUUUUAUUUUUGUUUUGGAGAUGCAGUUGCUUUGUACAGACCUGCCAAAGUAGGUACUCAGCAUUGUGCCCAGUUUUAAAGGUGUAAAUUGGACAAAAUAAAUUGUGAAAGGAAGCGUAGUUGACUGGAAACUACCGUCUUAAUGAGUCUUCCACUUUUUAUAGGAUUUUUCGAGCACAUGAUUAUGCAAAUAUUUUAAUGUUUAAUGUUUACAGUGGAAUUGUGAAUAGGUUUUCAGUGGACUAUCUUACCCUUGGCAAAAGUAUUUUGUCUUUUCUAUGUAAUUUCAGAGUUUUUAUUUUGUUACAAAAGGCAAAAAAAUAAAAUAUAUAACAAUGAAGUUAUUUAACAAAAUUUCUAAAGCGGAAUUUUUUGUGUAAAAUAAGGUAUCUUGUGACUUGUUAAAUAUAUUUAUUCAGACAUUGGAUGUUGUAUUUUUAUGUAUUUUUUUAAAAAAGAAUAAAAUUGGGGAGAAAAAUUUUAAGUUAGGCUCACUCAUUCAAUAAAAAAUACUUCAUUUAAGGAGCUCAUAUACACAUGGCUUUAUGUAUCAGCCAUACUGGUAUAUGGAGCCCUUUGUCUGUUCAAUCUUUCACAGUGUACAACUAUAACCUGGCACCCUGUCUUGAAAACUUUGGCAGCCCCUGUACUUCUGUUACUUCUGAGGAACAAAUUUCUUGGGUUGCCCUUACAAUACUUUGUCACAAUUCUUCAUUUGUUGCAUUGAAGUGAGUUAUCUGCCAAAGUUGAGAUGUAAAAUGACUGUUUUAGCUGUGGAUUAUUCCCACAGACUUGAAAACAGUUUGUAAAUAACUCCAGAAACCAUGUAUUUAAGACGGUUUGCAUAGAAUUGUAUAUAGUGAUUUUUUAAUCAAUUUUUAAAAUUCAUCUUUGUACAAUGAAAAGGGGAGUUCUGCCUUUUUCCUUGUUAAUAUGCUGUAGAGUUAUAACAGAUUCUCUAGAUUGUCAGAUUAUUAAACAUUCACAGUAUCUGAAGGUCUCAAGAGGGAGACAUGUAAAGGGGUCAUUUACUUAAGGCCCAAUGUCACCUGCAGUUCCAUUUUACCAUUUUGUCAACCUGUGAUUCCAAUUCCUUCCAUUCUCAUAGAGAACUAAAGAAAAAAGUACUCUUGUAAAUGCACUUUUUCUGUCUUUUUCUUAAGCAGAGCUAUUUCAAUGUAUGAUACAAAUUAAGCUCACUUGUGAGCAUUAAUAAAAGUUACAUUUUUAAA